AUGGCGUCCAAUCCUGCCAAAAGAAAGCCCUUCAGCGCCUCGGGACCCCAUGGAUCUACAGGCGCAUCUCGGAAGCGCGCCAAAACAUUUGACGCCCGCACCCUAGCCGUCCAAUCAACCGACGCCGCCCUCUCGAUAACAGGUGAACUUGACGUCGCCGCAUACGCAGCUGCCCGCGCGUUCGAGAUUCAGGCACUGGAGAAUGGAAUGCAGCGCUCUAGAGAUGCUCUUACAACACGAGCUUUCCAGAAAGUGCCGCGCUCUCUACGGAGGCGAACAGCCAGCCACAAUGUGAAGCGGGUUCCGCGGAGGUUGAGGGCGAGAGCAAAGCGAGAGAUGAUAGAAGAUAAGACGCCAACCGUUACCGCACGCAGACGUAAACCGACGCAGAUCAUGCGUAUCCGACUUGAAACUGCCAGACGACUGCAGAACCUCAAUGCCAAGUCCAAGACAAGACGCGCGACGAAAAAGGGCAAGGCGGCGCAAGAUGCCGCCACGGCGCUGAAAGAGGAGGGCAGCCAUCCUUUCAACACGGCUCCGAGAAUACCCAAGAUCAAGAAGAACAAGCUUUCGCGGCCGCCUGUGCCAGAGGCUAAAUUCCGCAAGCGCCAGCGUUGCAAGACUUGGUUGCCGACUCAUAUGUUUCACGCGAAGCGUGCUCAUAUGGCGACAACCAAGAAUCCUAUUUGGCGAUUUGCUAUUCCUGUGUCUCCUACGGAGAAGAGUUAUAGGCCUACGCAUAGAGCGCGCGGAUCUAGGGGCGCGGUGGCGUGGGACAUGAGCUAUAUGUCUACUGUGCAGCUGGAGGGGAGAGAGUCGUGCAUUGAAACGGUUUUGCGAGCGGUUGGUGUUAAUGGUGAUGAGGCAUGGGGUCCCAAGGGAAAGAAAUGGAGAACUGGUACUCGGUCAUUACAUGCAUGGACCUAUGAGAAGGACCAUUCGGCAAGACCACUUGCGCCUGUCACGUUGAUUUGGUGUGCGCAGGCUAAAGAUGAAGAUGUCGAAAUGGGCAGUGCCGGUGAUAAUGGGCCAGCAAAGAAACCUCGGCGGAAACUCUGGGUCCGGGUUCACCCCUCGGCUUUCUUGCAGCUGUGGACAGACCUGCUAGAGUUUUCGAAGCGACAGAAUCCGCCGGUUAUGGUUGAAGAUCUGCGAUUCGACAUUGGCAGCAUUGAAAUCACCGGACCUGGUUCUGCGGAAACCUUGCUUGCAGCAUUGCGACCUGUUGUGCGUUCGGAUGGCCAGGCCCCAGAAGCCAACAGCCCAGAGACUACCUGGUCUUCUUUGCUGGGAGUAUCAAACCCAUCUUCACUUCCUCAGAACGCUCUUUUGUCAUUUGCUGUUUCCGACCCCCGCCUCCAAUUUCCACCCCAGACCCUCCGGGUCCCCGAUAAUGAAUCCCACAUGAACGAUUUGGCCAUGUUGCUCGCCAAAUGGUCCCCUGACCAAACACAAGGGCCAUCUUCUCUUUUCGACCGCCCCAGCCGCUUAGCAGCUGCCCGCCAGCUUCCCAGCCAGAAAGCUAUCAAUCGCCGCCGAACCCUCGCUGGUCUCGGCACUCGUCCCGCUCCUCAGCCCAACGACCCACAGAUUCCGAUCAUGAUACUGGCAAACCGGCCAUCCCCCCUAUCUAAGCGGAGUACUGCUCCGGGAUCCUGGACUGUGCUUUUACCAUGGAAAUGUGUUGUCCCAGUCUGGUACUCAAUUAUGUACUAUCCGCUCUCAAGCGGAGGAAACCCUCGUUUCGGUGGCCUGAAGGAACAGCAGCAGCUUGCCUUUGAGGCUGGCGAGCCGUGGUUCCCUGGUGAUUUCCCAGGAACCAAAGCUGGAUGGGAAUGGGGUCAGAAGGAGGCCCGGAAAUCUCAAACCGAGUGGGCACGGAGGCCGAAAGGACGUCGUUCCGAGUUUGAUAGCCUCAGUUUGGGCGCUGGUCGUCCGAAGGGAGAAAUCGGACAUGGCUGGGCGUGUGACUGGGAAAGACUGAUUCAGGGACCGUCGAACGAUGUUGCCGAUGGCGCUCCUGCUAAGUCAACAGGUGGUGCACCUGAAGAUGCUGAUGCCGAUGCCGAUACUGUCACUCCCAUCACUCCUCCUCUCAACAUUCACAACAUCCGAUACCCUCCUAGCAAUAGCGAUCGCAUCCUCAGCAACCUCAUAAAAUCCCCCCCAAGCUCUGGCGCGCUCGCCCCCGUCCACCUCACACUUUCCAGUCGUGGUACUCCUGUUCCGUGUGCCCGUAUCUACCGUCUCCCUACCGACCCUUCUUUGCGUCAAAAAUGGCUGGAUCUCGCCUCGGCAUCCAAUAAGAAUGUCGAGCAAAAAGGCAAGGUUAGGACAGCUUCGGAACUGUCUGACGAGGAAGCUCGACGUCAACUUGCUGAAUCAUUGCUCGCGUGCUCUGCCCCGGAAGCUAGUGCCUCGGAUUAUUUGGAGGUCCCCACUGAGGAUGACCUCAUUGGAUUCGUUACCACCGGCAACUACAAUCUUUCUGAGGGCAAAGGAACUGGAAUUGGAUCGAUUCUACUGUCAAAGGUCUUGUUGUCUGAUGUUAAGCAACAUGAAAGGAGAAUGUGUAUCGUUCGUGCGGCCGGAGAGAAGAUUGGUCGACUAGGCCACUGGGAGCUUGUCUAA